GUUUUGCCCACGCGUGUAUAACACCAGCCCGAUCCCAACACACAACUUAACCAGAGCCAACACUCUUACAUUCCGUCAAAAUCACAAGAAUGACCAAACCAGAAGUUUACAUCGUCUCUGCUGCUCGUACACCUGUCGGCAGCUUUGGCGGCAGCCUUGCUUCCCUCACUGCUCCCCAACUUGGUUCAAUUGCAAUCAAGGGUGCUUUGGAGAAAGCCAACAUUAAGCCCUCUCUCGUUGAGGAGGUCGUGUUUGGCAACGUUGUUUCUGCCAACCUUGGCCAAAACCCUGCCCGCCAAUGUGCUCUUGGUGCUGGCUUGGAAAAAUCUACCGUUUGCACGACUGUGAACAAGGUCUGCGCUUCUGGUAUGAAGGCUACCAUUUUUGGUGCCAUGACGAUUAUGACUGGCAAGGCCGACAUUGUUGUUACCGGUGGUUGCGAGAGCAUGUCGAAUGCUCCCUACUACGCUCCCAAGGCUCGUUUCGGCUCGAAGUUUGGCAACGUCGAGAUGGUCGACGGUUUGCUGCGUGAUGGCUUGGUCAAUGUUUACGACAACACUCACAUGGGUGUGUGUGCUGAAUUGUGUGCCAAGGAGCACGACAUCAACCGUGAGGCUCAAGACAACUUUGCCAUCCAAUCCUACAAGCGUGCCCAAGCUGCUCAAGCCGCCAACGCUCAAGAGUCUGAGAUUGUGCCCGUUGAGGUGAGUCUCGGCCGCAACAAGCCCACGAAGACCGUUGUCCACGACGAGGAGCCCGCCAACUUGAACGAGGCCAAGCUCCGCACUGUUCGUUCCGCCUUCCAGGCUAACGGCACCGUCACCGCUGCCAACGCUUCCACCUUGAACGACGGUGCAAGUGCUCUUGUUCUCGUUUCGGCUGCCAAGCUUAAGGAGCUCAACCUCACUCCCAUUGCCAAGAUUGUUGGCUGGGGUGAUGGUGCCCAAGACCCCGAACGUUUCACCACUGCUCCCUCUCUCGCCAUCCCCAAGGCCUUGAAGCACGCUGGUCUUACUCAAGAGCAAGUCGGCUACUACGAGAUCAACGAGGCUUUCAGUGUUGUUGCUCUUGCCAACAUGAAGAUCCUUGGUCUGGAUCCCGAGCGCGUCAACGUUUACGGUGGUGGUGUUGCUACUGGUCACCCCUUGGGCAGCAGUGGUUCCCGUAUCAUGGUGACUCUCAUCAACGUUCUCCGCCAAAAGGGCGAGAAGUAUGGUGUUGCUGCCAUUUGCAACGGUGGCGGUGGAGCCUCUGCCGUUGUCAUUGAGCGCUUGUAGGUAACGAAUUCUUCUGACUCACCCGAGACGCGCAUCGCGUCCGAGUCUAGCAUGAUGGACGGGCCAUGAGUUGUCCGCUAGUUGCGGUCGGUGCACCGGCCUGUCAUUCCCUCCUUCCCGUUCGGUGCGGCGAGGAUGGGCUGCGUCCAGCAGCAGCCCAUCCGUCCGCACGAAAAGAUACCCGUUCGUGUUUUACGACACGUUCCACAGCACACCCUUUGUUUGUGUAACUAGACGAAACUCGGAUGAAUAUUAUGAUCAACAUGUUAGUGAA